GAAUGGCAAUUCUUUCCAUUCACAUGUUAAUAAAUGUUCGUUUCCUACUCGUCAAGCAUUGUGAUCAGGUUCAUGAAUCCAAGCCACGUUUCAAGAAGAAAAGCCUCAAUUCUACAUCUAGCCUAUGCACAGUUAUUGAAAGUUGCUUGGGGCCCUUUUAGUAAUGUCCCAUGGGUCUUGAAACAACGGCGUGGGUUGGGUUAGAAGGGCAGAUAGGACAGGAUAGAAUGAAAAUGGUGUGAAUUUCAACUUUCAUUAGAUUGAAGCUUUUCUUGGCGAUGGUAAUACACAGGGACGGGAUGCUAUUAGAGAUGAAUUUUGGACGAACAGCCAAGAGAUAAAUCAACGGCUAAAAAUGUCGUGAAAGUUUUCACGGUCCAUGAAGCUAUUCCUGUACAUAUAAGUGUAUGCCGCCAUUCGUGACCUCGGGAGACAAACAUCCGCAUUUCUCAACCGCGUUUAUCUUACAAAUUCUGAUGAAGAAUCGAACAUCGUUUCCUAUUUCUCAUGUGAGAUCGUUUGCCUUCGUCAGCUCUAAUGGCUUGAACGUACAAUGGUCCAGAAUCAGGGUAAAACAAAUCAUAUCAAACUCGCACAGAUGAUUUCAUGAAGCUCCCGGAUCUAGUGAUCUGUGCGCUAUAUGCCGUGGAUGCUUCUCUUGAUUAAGCUUUUUUAUCCGUUAAGACCCAUGUGGAAUAUCAUAUAAGUAUCAUUUCUUGAGAUAUUGUUAUUCGAAAGUACUCUGUUGUGGUUUCAAUUCGAGUAUUUAAAUUGUGAUAUCCCAGGGUCUGUCGUUCAUAGAUUAAACAUCAUGUCAUCACAUGAAAGGCAUCUUUCAUCGAGUUCCAUCUCUAGUUCGACCCCACUGAAGAAGACUCAUAGUCAUGGAUCGAUGUAUCAAGGAAACGAAGAAUCUCAACCAAAGUUAAAAUUAUUCGAAAAUCCUUUGGCUCAUGAUAGAAGAAAAUACUCGAUAACGCCUCCGAUUCCGAGUCCUAUACAUGAAAUAUCUGGCCCUAUCAAUAUUGCUCGAAAACAAUCAUACGAUGAAUCGAUCGAAAACCAAUAUGAUGAUAGGAAAGUUGAUCCAUUCUCAAAAGAUAAUGCAGAAGAGGAAAUGUUUGAAACCCCCGAGUUUCGAAGAUAUGAGGAGACGACGAACAUGGAACUUUUCUAUGAUCUGUUUUUCGUUGCAAAUUUGACUACAUUUAACGAUGUACAUGAAGUCAAUGAGAUUGAUGCACUCAAGUCAUAUGCUGGAUUUUUCUGCAUCCUGUGGUUCUUAUGGUUGCAAGUCAGUCUCUUCGAUGUUCGAUUUGUUACGGAUAGCAUAUUAGAACGAAUUGGAAAAGCAUGUCAAUUUGGUGUUAUGAUUGGAUUGGCAAUUGUCGGACCAGACUUUAAUUCAUCGGAUCAGAAGCCUGGUGCUUUCAGGUCACUGGCAAUCAUUUUGAUGUUUUCGAGACUGGUUUUGAGCUUUCAAUAUUCUGUUAUACUGUAUCAUGUUUGGUACUAUAAGAAUUCUAAGCUCCCACUCUUUCUUGUCGUUGUGGCCAAUGUCAUAGCUGCACUAAUAUAUUUCGGCACUUUUUUCGGAUUCUCAAAAGAAACAUCGAAGACUGGCAAGGUAUUUAUCGUUUGGUAUAUUACGGCUAUCUUGGAGACGGCUGUCAACAUUGCUAUCUCUUCGAAGUGGAAAGUCUUGAGCUUUAGAGGGUCUCAUCUUGUUCAGAGAAUGACUUUGCUCACUUUGAUCAUUCUGGGUGAAGGUAUAAUUGGAGUUAGCAAGAGUAUUGCCGAUAUUGCAGAACAAGAGGAGUCAUGGACCGCUCCACUCAUUCUUACUAUCGUAUCAGCUGUUGGAAUAAUCUACUUCCUCUACAUGCUUUAUUUUGACUGGCUGAACCGAUCCCAAUUCGGUUCCAUACGUCAACAAAUCUGGGCAUUUCUCCACUUCCCAUUCCAUCUCGCACUAGUGUUCCUCGUCGAAGGUGUUGCCCAAUUUAUCAGAUGGCAAAAAGUAGUCGAGGUUAUCAACCAAGUCAGCCAACAAUAUGUAGACCAAUUUAAGAAAAUCCCCGCCGUCGAUAGUCUCGAUCUCAAAACACGCUUAGCAAACGUCACUCAAACAAUCUUCCAGAAAUUCCCACCAGAAUUCACACAAACCUUUACAGAUACCCAACGAGCCUUAUUUAAUAUUGGAAAUACGACAUUUAGGUCCACAGAACAACUGGGAAAUAUCACAACACUCUUCUCUACAGUCCAGGAUUCUCUAUUCGAUAAUUUCGGAAUCGAUCCCCCGGAAAGCGAUAAUGCGGUUACAGAUCCUAAUGAGGAAUGGAAUGAGAAUAUUGGAGUUCUCGCUCUCGUGUUCACAUACUUCUUCCUCGCCUCCGGCCUCACCCUAAUCCUGAUGACCACCCUCCACGCCCUCAGCCGCGCGCACUCAACACGCGCAGACAAACUCCGCAGCGCGGUAAAUCUCAUCCUCUCCAUCACUCUUCUCGGAUUAGCCGGGAUCUCGAAUACCGAUGGCGGAUUUGCGUUUGCGCAGAGCGCGGGCGUGUUGCCCAGCGUGGCGGGGGUGUAUUUUUUUGUGAUGUUACUAGGCUAUACGAAACUGAUCUGGUGAUACAAGGUUAUAUAUCCAGAGAAGAGAAGAAGAAGAAGAAGAAAAAAGAAGCAGACGGGAUCUAGAUACACAAUGCGAAAUAAAGUAUCAAGCAAAAUGUAAUGAUUCGACAGAGAGAGAAUAAUCGAUUAAUGAAUAAACAGCAUCUGAAAUGAGAAUAUUGAUAUUCAACUCAUCCCUCGGUUUUGUUGUUUACGGGUGAGGGGAGAGGAGAGGAGAAUAGAAUUGUGUGUCAAGCAUUAGAGAUUAUUCCUUGAAGAUGUAAAGGAAAAGAGGAAAGGAAAUGGAAAGGGGAAUAAAUACUUUUUGUUUUCUUAUUGUAGACCCUAGAGUGAGCGAGCGAGUGAGUACUUGAGGAAGGAAGGAUGAGAGUGAGAGUAAAUAGCAAGAGUACGAUUAUAUGAAUGCAUCUAUUUCCAUGUAAUCACUUACAGGAUUCACGAAGAUGUAUUCUAUUACUUUAUUAGAUAUGUAGAGAAGAUGAUAUAAAAGGAUAUGCGUAGUCGACAGAUAGUAUUAUUACUUCUUCUUACCUUGUAUACUGAUA